UCUCCGACCCAGUCCAAGCCCAAGUGACGGAGGCAGCGGCGGCGCUGUUGUGUUGUGGUGUGUGUGUGCCUGGCAAAUACUUGGCCAACAAUGUCCAACAAGUACCCAGUACAGGUUAGAAUGCGGGAGAUGUCCAAACAAGAAGAAGUUUUACUGAAAAGAAAACGAGAAAUUGAACGGAAGAUGAAAGAACAAUAUGGGGGAAGGAAGCCAGCAGAGACGGGCUCCCCAAGACAGCCCCCACCCAGCAGGAGCCAUGAGCCCAGCAGCAGCCCGGGUGUGGAGAAGGAAAUGGUGGAACCGCUCGCCAACAUCCGGGAACGUACGCUUGGACAUGGACUCUGCCAAAUAGCUGGCGAAAUGAUGAGUGUGCCUCCCGAACCUGGGAAUGUUGCUCCUCACAUCCACCACAUCUGUCCAUCAUUUCAUCACUACAAAACUAGUGAAGCUGCAUCAUCUCAGGUGCCUAACAAAUUCAACAAUGAUGGAAGUUUCUUGGAGCAGUUCAAAAAAAUGUCCAGAAGCAAAUCAGAUAUAAAAGAAGAAAAGUGUUCACCACCACAUAAAUCAAAGCCAUCAGGACAGAGCACUAACAAGUUAAAAACAUACCACCACAAUCUUCCAAAACAAAUAGAUCCUGCCCAUAUCAGCUCCUGGCAAAAAUCUACUUCAGAAGAAUGGAAAGUCAGUUCAAGCUAUGACUCUAGAGUUGAUGCCUCUGCUGCCUCUGAAGAAGUGAAACCUGAAACAGACAAUCCUGAUUGGUUCAAAGAUGCUCUAAAGAGAGCUCAGGCCAAAGCAAAAGAACUGUCAGAAGUUCCAUCAGUUUCUCUCUCAGCUUGUUCCAGUGAAGAGGAUUCGAGCAACAACCAAUUUUCCGACAAAGCCGAGAGCAAGAAACGUAAAAGCCGCUGGGGAGGUCAGCCUGCCCCUGCGGCUGCUCCAGCCGCAGCACCAACAACAGCAUCCACCCCAGCAUUCUCAGUGCCAGAGAACCUGAUGGAUAUGGUGGGUGAAGGAGAGCACUUUCAAGCCAUCCAUGGGGUCAUGGUGACCCGCUUGACAAGGAAUACUCCAGCAAUUAUUGCAUAUGCACAGAAGGUUUUCAGUUCUGUAGAUCUAACAGAUGCACAGUGGAAGCAGUGUGAAGAGCAAAUGAAGAUGAACGUGGUGUUCCAAUUGCUACAAGCAAAGAAGAGAGAGUCUGAACGCUUAGAGCAGCAAGGCAAACUUAAGUAUGAGUAUGACUCUGAUGAAGACACUGAAGGAGGCACAUGGGAACAUAAAAGACGAGCAAUAGAAAUGCAAGAAACACAAGCCAGAGCAGUAGAACUCACAAACAUGGCAGAGGGGAAGCACCACAUAGGAGAUUUCCUUCCUCCUGAUGAAUUAGCAAGAUUUAUGGAAAAGUACCGGGCUAUUAAGGAAGGUCGAGACCCUGAUCUUUCUGAUUAUCAAGAUCACAAGUUGACAGAAGACAAUGUUGGAUACAGAAUGCUGAAGAGCAUGGGCUGGACAGAAGGAAUGGGUCUUGGUGCUGAAGGAAAGGGUAUAACCACGCCAGUCAAUCAGAAUGGCAGGUCAGAGAGCCAAGGACUGGGCGUGGAGAGACCUGAAAACUUACAAGAGGAGGAUGAUGAGUAUGAUGCCUACAGGAAGCGCAUGAUGCUGGCUUACCGAUUCCGACCAAACCCACUGAACAAUCCUCGGAGAGCAUAUUAUUAAAUCCAGCACAGGUGUUGAUUAUUUAGACAAAGAUUAUCAGUAAGUAAGUAUACAUAUAAGAAUUAUAAUUAUAUACAGUAGGAUCUUGUCAAUAACAUCUAAUUGGUGCCUGAAAACUCAGUUAAAUAAGAAAAAUGUUGUUUGCACAAUAAAAUACACGUAUAAAGGA